AUGCGUAUGAUUCUAGUGCUUUUGUUAGCAUCCUGUUGCCUAAAGUACAGCAGACUUUUGAUAAGUUCUGCACUUCUCACUGUUGAUAUUUUGCUGGAUACAAUAUAUGAUGUGGUACCAUCAACUGAAUACUUACAUACGGUUAACGAUGGUGGGAGGAAUUAUACAGUCUGCCUGUUAGAGAGAAAAUGUGGUUGUGGGAGGUUCGAAGUUGAUGAAUUGCCAUGCCCACAUGCUUGGGCUGUAUUGAAGAGCAAGUUUCUAAUGCCAGAAGAAUAUUGCUCUAACUAUUACAAACCAAAUACAAUUGUAAUGACAUACGAUGUACCAGUGUACCCGCUACUGGACAGAAAUGACUGGAAUAUACCAGAACAUGUUGCAAAGGAGGUUGUACUACCACCCAAAUGGAAAAGACCUCCUGGAAGGCCAAAGAAGAAGCGAGAUAAAACUUUAAGUGAAUUGUUGCAGCCGAAAAAUCAACAUUCAUGUAGCAUAUGUGGUCAGGGAGGACAUAACAAGCGAACAUGUAGAAAUGCUCCACGUAAUAAAUAG